AUGAAAACCCCGUAUACCGACAUGACGGUUCGCCCCCUUCGUGAAUCAAGGGGACUGAAUGAAUGCCUACACAACACAACUGGAAAACACUGUGAAUUCUGUAUAGAAGGUUUCUUCAGCAAUGCCACCCGAGGUCUUCCCACUGAUUGCAAACUCUGUGCUUGCCCAAGUGAGGACCCUACCCACUCCUUCAGUCCUACUUGUACAGCAACCCCUGGUGGUGGACAUAUGUGCACAUCAUGUGCAAGAGGACAUGCAGGUCCACAUUGUGAAAGAUGUGAGCCUGGGUAUUUUGGCAAUCCUGCUGAACCUGGAGGUGCUUGUAAACCUUGUGCGUGUGGAGGAGGUCCAUGUGAUUCUCUGACUGGGCGCUGCUUGAAAUGUCCCGGAAACACUGAAGGUUGGCGAUGUGAGAGAUGUCUUCCUGCACAUUAUGGGGAUCCAGCAGCAGCUGCAUGUCUGCCAUGUGACUGUCAUCCUGCUGGGUCAGUUACUGUCAAAAGUUGUGAUCUGGAAACAGGGCAGUGCCAAUGUCGCCCUCAGUUCAGUGGGCGCAUGUGCAAUCAGUGCAAGCCUGGAUAUGGAAACAUAUCAGCUGGCUGCCCACCUUGCAGUUGUGACAGUGUGGGUGCUGCCACCAAGGUGUGUGAUCCAGAUACAGGGCAGUGUUCGUGCCAACCAGGAGUCACUGGGGUUCAUUGCAAUCUGUGUCAGCCUCAGCACUUCGGAUUUUCAUCCACUGGCUGUGAGGAGCGCUCUCUCGUGUACAAGUGGUCUCGCCUCGAGAUGUUCAACGCCAUCCUCUGCCGACAGAGAGCGCGCCUUCCUCGGUUCUGCCUGGUGCUUCUUACGAAGGUGAAGUUAAUCGACCUGCUCUAG